AUGAGUUUUUUCUAUUCAUCGGAAAGCGACUGCACCAUGAAAAUUGAUGAGAAAUCUAAAUGGUUGGAUGCCCACCAUGACAAUUUAGCCUCACUGUACACCUUCACCCAAUGUAUUGCUUUAUCAGACAUUCACGCUGAUGGGAACUGGAAACUGGUGAUUGGAGAUUUGGGAACAGAUAACUUCUCAAGCAAGCUGAAAGUUUUCCAGGGGGUGAAUUUGAUGCAUGAAAGCUCUCUACAGGAUCUUCCUAAUGGAGUCAUUUCCUUUUAUAUGGACACACAUGAACCACGAACACCAGCCAUUGCUGUGUGUUCUGGCCCUUUUAUUUAUGUGUACAAGAAUCUGCGACCUUAUUACAAGUUUUCAAUGCCAACCCUAGAGAUCAAUGUAACUGAACAGGAGUUGUGGGCACAGGUGAAAGAUGGGAAAAUUAACUCUUUCACUUUGCGAGAAUCGCUCCAGGGCUUAAAAUUACUAACUAAAGUACUUAUUUACACUUCAAGACCUGAAUCACUGCUGAUUAUAAUGACUCUUUUAUUUCCUUGUAUUUACAUUUUGAAUUUAUUUCUUCCUCCUUUUCUAUUUCCUCGUUUCUUUCUUCCUCUUUUUUCUAUUUCUUUUUUUCCUUCCUCUUUUUCUAUUUCCUCUUUUCCUUCUUCCUCUUUUUCUAUUUCCUCUUUUCCUUCUUCCUCUUUUUCUAUUUCCUCUUUUUCUUCUUCCUCUUUUUUCUAUUUCCUCUUUUCCUUCUUCCUCUUUUCUCUAUUUCCUCUUUUCCUUCUUCUUUUUCUAUUUCCUCUUUUCCUUCUUCUUUUUCUAUUUCCUCUUUUCCUUCUUCCUCUUUUCUCUUUCCUCUUUUCUCUUUCCUCUUUUCUCUAUUUCCUCUUUUCCUUCUUCUUUUUUCUAUUUCUUCUUUUCCUACUUCUUUUUCUAUUUCCUCUUUUCCUUCUUCCUCUUUUUUCUAUUUCCUCUUUUCCGUCUUCCUCUUUUUUCUAUUUCCUCUUUUCCUUCUUCCUCUUUCCCUUUAAAAAUGAAGGAGUUCAAUUGACUGUCCGUUCUUUCAAGAUUACUCAGGUCAAUCCUUCUGAGACAGCGUUGCUUGAUGCCUAUGUGGAAACAUUCAAAGAUUUUCCUUUGAAAAAACAGCCAGUUAUUACAUGCAUGGGAACGCUGAAGAAGUCUUCAACAGAUGAUGACGCUAUCAGCUGCCUUAUUAUUGGCACAGAGAACUGUUGUAUCUAUGUACUGGAUUCAGCUGCAUUCACAGUUCUAAAAACAAUGACUCUACCAAGUGUUCCUGUAUUCAUAAACGUUUCAGGAAUGUAUGAUGUCGAGUACAGAAUCAUUGCUACUUGCAGAGAUGGAAAAAUCUACACCUUCAAAAGAGUGAACACCACACCAAAACAUUGCAUUGAACUGAGUUCACAGCCUGUGGGUCUAGUACGCAUUAACAAAACUAUUGUGGUUGGAUGUAUGGACGAAACGCUGCAGUGUGUCUCAGAUAAGGGAAAACGAUUAUGGAGUAUUAAAUUACCAGCCAGCAUCAUGAGCAUGGAGCUGCUUGACUACACAGCUAAAGGGAUAUCAGCCAUACUUGUGGCUCUCAGUGAUUCAACAGUACACAUGUAUCAAGAUAAACAUCUGGUGGAUAUCAUCCAAACACCAGAUGUCAUUAAUGCUCUCAAGUUUGGUAGAUUUGGCCGAGAAGAAGGUAAUCUCAUCUUAACAACAAGAGGAGGUGGGCUGAUUGUGAAGAUUUUGAGGAGACAUGCUGAUUUUGAAAUUAAGGACAUCUCAUUGGGUCCUCCAGCUUCACAGAAUACCAAACUGAACAUCCCCAAAAAAACCAAGCUGUUUGUGAGUCAGUCAGUUAGAGAAAGGGAGAAUCCUGUUGCAAUGUUUCGGACUUUCCAACGGGACUUAAGUUUAUUCCGGCUGAACACCGCACGACAAUUUGCCCAGAUCCUUGAAAACAAUAGCAGUCCAAUAUCGUCAGAUCCCAAGGAACCGUUAAAAAUUUCUGCACUGGUACAAGGAAUUGGACCUAUUUUUAAACUGAUGGUGACAAUCCAGAACACCUCCCUGAUUAAUCCAUCCAUGAAUUUGUUCAUUAUAUUUGAAUUUAACAAUAAGCUUUAUUCUGUGAGGAAACCACGUAUUCCUAUACCAUUUUUGGUCCCAGGACUUAAUUACGUCUUUGAUACUUUAGUUGAGUGUAAAACAGACAAAGGAAUCUCUGAUGAUAUUAAGGUCCUGGUUUUUCGAGAGGGUCAAUUCUGUCCCCUGCUGACUGCUGUUAUCAGUAUGCCAGUGAGUGAAAUAUUUGUGAAGGAGUGA